CUGGGCUGUUUUAACCCCGUCUUCACCUGGGUGGUAUUCCUACUCUUGUGAAUCUACGAGCAUAGCAAACAGUCCAUUUAAUGCAGAGAAUAUAUAUCGUCCACUUCCGCUCCUCGUAGACCGAGCACCAUGCAUACGCAUUCUCCCGCCUUCUCAUUAUACGCCCUUUUAGCAACCAUCUUCCUUUGCUCAUGCUCCGCUUAUGUUGCCCAGACACCACUUAGCGAUGACAGAUGUACCGAUACCACCGUGGCCAUCUUGGGGGGUGGCAUGGCCGGCGUUGCGGCUGCACAAGCCUUGUCCAAUGCAUCCAUCGACGACUUCGUCAUCCUCGAGUACCGCGACACCCUAGGCGGCCGGGUCUGGCAUACCGACUUCGGAAAAGAUAAGCACGGCAAGCCGUAUGUGGUCGAGUUGGGGGCGAACUGGCUCCAAGGGCUCGGCUCUGAAGCAACUGAGAAUCCGGUCUGGGCACUGGCCAAAAAGUACAACCUCCAGAAUACCUACUCCAACUACAGUUCCAUCCGAACCUACAAUGAAACCGGCUACACCGACUUCCGUCACCUGCUGGACGUCUACGCCGAAGCAUACCAGAUCGCCGCCCGCGAUGCCGGCCGGAUCCUGACGCAGAACCUCCAAGACCAAACCGCACGCACCGGCCUCGCUCUCGCCGGCUGGCGACCGCGCAAGAAUGAUAUGGCAGCACAAGCGGUGGAAUGGUGGAGUUGGGACUGGGAAGACGCCUUUACGCCCGAGACCAGCUCGCUCGUCUUUGGAAUCGCCGGGGAAAACCUCACCUUCAACCAGUUCGGCAAAGCCAACCAUCUGGUCCUCGAUCCCCGGGGCUACAGCACCAUCAUCGAGAACGAAGCCGCCACUUUCCUCAACCCUGUCCACGAUUCACGCCUCCGACUCAGCACACCCGUCACCAGUAUCGAACACUCCGCCAACGGCGUGACCAUCCACAACAAAGACGGCACUUGUAUCCGAGCAGCCUAUGCCAUCUGCACCUUUUCCCUGGGCGUGCUUCAGAACAAAGCCGUGACCUUCCACCCCGAGCUUCCCCGGUGGAAACAGACCGCGAUCGAGAAAUUCAACAUGGGCACCUACAUCAAAAUCUUCAUGCAGUUCGAAGAGACCUUCUGGCCCAACGACACCCAAUUCUUCCUGUAUGCCUCGCCAACCACCCGCGGCUACUACCCGGUAUUCCAGUCCCUCUCAACAGAGAACUUCCUCCCCGGAUCCAACAUCCUCUUCGCGACCGUCGUCGACGAACAAGCCUAUCGUGUCGAACGGCAAUCCCUCGACCAGACCAAAGACCAAAUCCUCGAGGUCCUCCGUGAUAUGUUCCCCGACAAACGUAUCCCCGAACCCACGGCCUUCACCUAUCCCCGCUGGUCCGACGAGCCCUGGGCGUAUGGCAGCUAUUCCAACUGGCCAGCAGGAACAACUCUCGAGAUGCAUCAGAAUCUGCGCGCCAACACGGGUCGAUUGUGGUUCGCGGGGGAGGCGACAAGCGCGCCGUAUUUCGGGUUCCUGCACGGCGCGUGGUUUGAGGGACGUGAGGCGGGCGAGAACGUGGCGGCGCUGCUGCAGGAUCGGUGUGCGACGCUACAUGGUGUGGAAACGUGCGGGGAUCGGAUGUUUUAUGAUCCGUUGAAUGGGACAACGCCGCUGGAUGCGUAUAGUGGGUUGAAUGGAUGGCCGGUGAGUAGUACGCAGUUGUAGUGUGCGGCGUGGCGGGUGAGAUUUUCUUUGACACAUAUUAUAAUGAAAUUGCUUCAUUUAAUGAUUAGGUUGCCAGUUUUAUAUCAAUUGGCCUGCUGGCCCAAUGGUAAGGCGCUUGACUACGGAUCAAGAGAUUGCAGGUUCGAAUCCUGCGUAGGUCAUUUUUUGAUUUUUGGGGUGGUUGUUGUUGGUCUUACGUCAUCGGGUGCAACACCAUCAUCACAGGGUUUUAUAUCAAUUACCUCAAGCUGGAUUAGAUCGAUCGCUGUGACCAGCAUUCAUUUUUUAAGAAAACAUUAGACGCUUGAUAACAUCGGCAGCUUAACAUUAAGCAAAU